AAAAGAAAACGGUGGCCCUUUUCUGAACACUAACGCGCUUUUUAUUUGUGACUAAAUGACGACACCUUGUGGCUAACACGAGUACUGCUGCGUCCCAACUCUUUCAGGCCAAAGAUGAAUAUAUUUAAGAAUGCAUUCUUAAAUAUUAUUUACUGAUGGGGUAAGUCGUUUGUCUCUCCAUGCCUGUACUCUACUGCCACCUGCUGAUCAAGUUGGAGUCGCAAUGAAUGAAGCAUUCUUACAUUCUCUUCAUUGGUCUCUUUUUCAAGUGCAAUCCUAUGCAAAUUUGCUACUAGCACCAUCCUGUCGUUCAAAUCGAUAGACGCUGAAAGCAACGUACAUAAGCAGAUUGCGGCAAGAAGGACAUGGCAAAUAUGAUGUGUGUGCGUGACUGCUCUUGGCAGCACAACAGAAUGUUCUGAUGUUGGAGCACGACGGCGACCGUGGGCUCACACGUGCAAUUGACUCCGACAUGUGCUGACCAUUACGGUCUGUUUUUCAUUCUGGUUUACGUGCCCUGUAAACAUGGGCUUCAGCUUCGCUUUUACAACUAACUAAUAUUUUGUUUUGAGGUAUGUGCACACAAACUUUAUAAGAGGGAUUCAAAACAACAAAGUGAUCCUCAUUAAAUAUGUAAAAGGAAUGCAUCAUAAUGUGUAUUAAAGUUGAUCUCUUUGUAUGUUGCAUAUAAUCACAUUGUUCUCCAAAUGACACGUGGAAAGUCAAAGAAAUGAAGACAACAAAACAUAUCAACCACAUAGUACGUAAAUACUAAAAAAAUGAACAAUAUCAUUCAUUAGCUUCACUUGUAUUACGAAGAAUUUGGAAAUGUGGUCAAAGAAGUUGCAUCAUCGAGUUUCACAUUCCCACAGGGUCAUUUUGCUUUCAACUAACCAACUAAAUAUGUCAAUUGAAAACAGACUCAUUCGAGACUAAGUUCCAGCUUUCCUUGGAGCAUUCUUUUGCUCAAAUUAGAUUGUCCCCAGGCAGCCAAGGCGUACACAAAAAAUCUCUUUUUACAAUCUAUUUAAUGACAUUGUUAUUGUUUUCAUGAAGUGUAUUAUUUUUGUCAAGCUGUUUGCAUUGUUAAGAACAAAUCUCAAACGGCAUGCGGUCGGUCGGUCGGCCGGUCGGCCGCACACAUCGCUUUUGAUAUUCUCCGCUCGACCGCUCAUCAAAAUCAAACUCAGGGGUCAGAGCAAUAGUCAGGUUUCCGAACAGCGCGUUCUCCUCCGGAAGACGCUAAUGGCGUUCCUUUACGUAAGGCGAACAAGCUUUGGGCCUGGAAUGCGCGACGUGGUCAAGGGGUGCGUUGUUCUUUGCACGGCUUUAAAGGACGGACGGGGCCGAUACACUCGCAAUAUCAAACGUGAACGCGAGCUCUCGGUAAUUGUGGAGCAGAACGGAUCGGGCAGAAGCUUUUCAUUUCACCCUUUGCUUCGAAGGAGCACCGAGCAAAGACAGAAAAGCAAAAUAACAAUGCCGCAAGAUUCUGGCCUAGUUCUUUUUCCAAAGCACUCGAGUCGUGCAUGAACUGGAGCUCGUCCCGGUCCACUUUGAGCAGCCGAGUCAUACAAUUGGAAAGAUGUUACAUGGUUAAUAUUAAACAUGACUAACAACAAUGUGGCCGGCCGGCUGCAGGUCAACUGUCAAGUCACCACGCUGAUAGAAAAAAGAAAAGCUUUGUGGGCUAAGGUGGCGAAACGUGCGCGCGCACACACACAUACACACACGCACACACACGCACAGAGCGAGAGAGAGAGAGAAAAUGAUGCAUUGUUCCCCCGCCCACGUGGAGUGGGAGAUCCCUCGCUCGCACAAAAAAAACACCCACCCACCCCGAGGCCUCCAGGAGCUCUAUAAAAGGAGCAGAGCGGGGAGAGCCUCUCGAGCUGAUGGCAGCUGCGAGGAAGAGGAGACGAGUCGCCGGGCAAAAGGAAGAAAAACUCAUAGGAGCUUAAACAACAAAUAUAAAAAAAGAAAAAAAAAAAAAACCCCGAAAGACCAGAAUCGGUAGCCCAGCAACAUGGAGUGUCCGUGUUGGUUGCUGGUGGCGCUGGUGGCCUUCUUGUCCAUUCCGGCCUUGGGCUCAGAGUGCUCCAGCUGCAAAAAGAUCAACAGGGGGAGGCUGCUGGUGUGCCUGGAACUCUGCAAGUCAGCCAGCCAGAUGGGGCGUCCGGCGCUCAGCAUCAGCGAGGAAAAGGAACUCUCCUCCACGUUGGAGGCCAGGCCGGCAGAAGGGCGGCGCUCGUACCCCAUGGAGCACUUCCGCUGGAGUCAGCCCUCCAGGAACGGGACCCGGAAAGGCCGAGCGGGCUCUCAUCACGCCGAGAGGAGCUAUUCCAUGGAGCACUUCCGCUGGGGGAAACCCCCCGGCGGGAACAUGACGCCCAGACCCAAGCCGGGACACAAAAGCGCCAAGCGAAGGCACUCGCCAUGGGGCAAACUCCCCAACCGCAAAGCGCUCAAAGGCUCUGCCUUCCCGAGCGAGCCGCCUCGGCGUCCCGGCGCCAAGGACGCCAAGGACGCCGAUCGGACGCCGGCGAGGCCUCAGGAGAGGAAGCGGGGGAGUCCCCGAGAUGGCCACGUGAAGAAUGCUCAGCGAUCGCUGACCGGCAUCUUCGGGGACAUUCUUCUCAAGGAUGUGCAGAGGGUCGUCGGCUAGCUGAUUUUUGCAUGUUGCUAUCAAUCCCUUUUGCUCUUUGUCUUUCUCGUUCCUUGUUGUAAAAGUCUUGACUGAGCGAACUCAAGCCCGGAUGUGGGCCUACGCCUCAGUUUAUGCGGCCGCCCAAACCAUCGACUAAUGUACUGGCUGUGGGACAAGUUGAAGUAGAAGUGGACUAGGCUAGUAAGCCUUGGCCUUGUUUGUAAACAAAAUAAAAAAUGCCAGUGAGUUCCUGACAAUUUAAUACAUUUCUUUAAGCAUGGCAGUGCCAAAUCUGACUGGAAAAAGACAAGGGAAGGGCUUCUUCUGUGGACUGGUAACUUUUAUUGUCUAGCACAUCACAGGAGCAUGCAAGGACAGGACAGGACAGGACAGGACAGGACAGGACAGGACAGGACAGGUCAGGUCAGGUCAGGUCAGGUCAGGUCAGGUCAGGUCAGGUCAGGUCAGGUCAGGUCAGGUCAGGUCAGGACGGACGCAGCGAGCGCUAAGGCAUUUUUCCGUCCCCAAAAAGUCAAGCUGCCUUCGUCACAAGGUCCUCCAGUUUUUAAAGUGCAAAGUUCACAGAAGGGGUCUCGGACCUGCACAAGCACUACGUGGUCGACAGAGCUAUCCGGAACGAGACGACAAAAUGACUGACACAAGUCACGCUUGGUGGACACAAACGGGAACGACCGGAGAGUCACGACACGAUCCGCAAACGAGAUUCGAGGGAAGUCGGCACGGGGACAGACGUGCCGUGCCGUUGGUGGGAGACUAAGCUGAUGCCAACGAGAGGCAGAGAAGAGACGGAGCGUCAAAUUUGAGUUCCUAUAAAAUAGAUACGCGUGUACACGCACGCACACACUCGGAGUAGAUGUUGACUGUACACGAGCUGAAAGAUUUGAAUGCUUUCUGCCGGGGGGACCCUGUACUCACAAUGAGCUGUUGAGUGACUUCUUAUCCUACUGUUAAAAAGGAAUGUGAAAAAUAAUAAAGGAGGAUCAAAUCAUGGCCGCCCUCCCCCAGCACGAUGAGAGAAUUGGCAAUAUGUCAGCACUACAACAAAAAAGCCCCAUAUUAAAUCAGUCCAGAAAAUGGAAAAGAUUGUCCACAACAUUCCUACAUGGCGAGCGUGACAAAAUGUGGCUUGUUAUCAAAGUUUUUGGCUUGCAGCAGCGGCACGUUAUUUCCUUUUUGCC